CUCACAAAAAUCUGAUGUUUUAAAGCUAGACAAAACACAAUUUCCUGGUUGAAAAUCUAAGGAAGAAAUAAAAAAGAUAUCAGUAUGCGUGGGUCCAUUGUCCUCUGCAAGGUAUUCUUGUUGGUGACAGCACUUGAUAAAGGCCGAAAUGAAAACGUUACUUCUUCGUGCAAUCCAUAUGUAUCACUUAAUAAUCCUUUUCCAGAGGAGGGUGACAGAGUCGUCAUUAAAGCACAUAUUUGUUCACAAAACAAAAAUAAUAUAAUUCACUGGAGAAAGUGUAAAAACCUAGUUGGUACAUGUGUAGCGGAAAGUUGUACAGCAGAUAACCUCGUUAAUAACGCCACUGCCUUACAAUCCUUCUUCAUAAUCGAAAAAGCCAGAAAAGCAAAGGACAGCUGCUUCGUCAAGUUUGAAACAUAUGGUCUUAAGUUAAACCAGAGUGUAAUUAUUUACAAACAUCCAGAAUUUAUUUCUGUGAUAGCAGAUGGUAAGAAUGACACGGAUAUUCUAUUGAAAAAUAAAGAAAAAAUCGUGCUAGAAGUGAAAGCGUCAUGCAUGUUUCCUCUUCCUAUGAUAACAGUGCUUCAUAAGGAUGACAACGAUGAAUCCAUUUUCCACUUGUUAAAAGCUGAACCUGGUACUACUGUAAGCGACGACGAGUGCAACGUUUUAGAGUACUCGACAUCCUCAAGAUUAGAGAUACCUGUUGCAGAUAUUUUUGAGAACUCACAUAAAGGGCUUUAUUUAGUAAAGAUCCAUUAUGGUGAUCGCAUCGUACAACACUUGAUAAAUGUUACCCUUGAUGGUGUGCAAUCAAAGAUACCAAUGCCAGUGCAUUUCGUCAUAGCAAUGGCUGUAUUCGGUAGCCUCAUCGAACUUUUUAAAAAAACUGAUUAUCACCGGAAAAUUUGGAAUGCUAUUAAGCGUUUUGUUUCACACGCAACGACAUUGGUACUCUCUACAAUCCCGUCACAACCCAGUAACAUUUUUGCGGAAGUUACAGGACCUAACACUAUAGAUGUAUCCUGGAACCCUCCUAAGCAAAUAGAAAAUGGCGUAAGAAAGUAUUUUAUAUGCUUCAACGGUAAUUACUUAAAGCAAGAGAAAAGAGAGGAAUUCAAAGGCACGGGGACGAAGUAUCAACUCCAGGAAUUAAAACCAAACACGAUGUAUACCAUAAAGGUCGCCUUAUCAACUCAAGGUGUAGAGACUGAUGUUGGCAUCAUCAAGGCAAAGACGCAGCCAUCCAAGCCAAGUGCAGCUCCUGAAAAUGUUUGUGGAAAGCCCUACAGAGAUUCCAGAAAAAUCAAAGUCACGUGGAAUCCUCCUCCUAAAGAUCAGCAAAAUGGGAAGAUUGAAGGCUAUAAGAUAUUUUAUGCGGAAUAUAUCCCAAAUCGGACCAAUCAGUUUACCAAGGAAAAAUCCGUUGACGCUGAAAAGCAGGAGGAAGUUUUAUCUAUACUAUCAUCCUCUACCGAGUAUGAAAUCAGUGUUCUGGCCUUUAAUUGUAAAGGGGAAGGUCCCAAAUCAUCACCAAUUCGAAUACGAACCGUGGAAGACGGGAGCAUCCUGGAUCCUGAAGCCACCAUUUUACACUUUUUUCCAUACUUUCUGGCAUUUCCCAUUAUUGUUAUAGAUUUUAAAGCAAUAACCCAGUCAACCACAUACCUAACGUAUAUCAUGAGGAGUAUGUGCGUAGUUGUGUUGAUCCAUGGAAUAAUAGAUGGAGUCUUUAACUAUAAAAAAGUCAUCACUUUUCAUUCUUGUACUCUAAAAUACAUUCGUUCCUUUCGAAAAAAAACCCAAAUAGAUGAAGAAGCUACAGAACCAAGUAUUCAAAAUUCUCCAAGAAGAAACCAAAGAGAUAAGAAAGCUACAGAUGAAGAAACUGAAGAAACUACAGAACCCCUUAUUCAAAGUUCUUCAAGAAGAAGAAACCAAAGAGAUGAAGAAGCUACAAAUGAAGAAGCUACAGAACCAAGUAUUCAAAAUCCUUCAGUAGAAGUUGGAUUAACAUGCCUCUACAGCAGAAUCUAA